UAGUUUCCACUCGGAACGGUUUAUCAGUCGGAAGUUUUUACUCAUGUUGAUUAUAGUGAAGAUGUUAACGUGUGUGUGGGUGGGAUUUGGUUAGUUUAAUAUUACAGUAAUGGAUGCGACAGUAAACACAGCCUGUUCAGUCACGGAGGCUGAGUGUAAAAGUAAAGACACCGCAACGCUGCCGUUAGCAGAGACCAGACUGGUUUGUGUUGAAUUUCCGGGUUUAGUUAAUAAUGUGGACAAAAUGCUGGAAACCAUUGGAGGGGAACAGGGGCUGUCCAAGACUUAUGGAGACUCGUCCAAACGGCUGGAGCUGCGGUAUCGUCCCAAGGACCCAUACUGCCACCCUGUAUGUGGGAAUCGCUAUUCUUCCACCAACCUGCUUAUCCGAGUGCGACGCAGAACAAACAGACGCAGCGGGGAAUCUCACGUUGUCAUGGAGAUCCUGGGCCUCAUAGACACCACGUAUAAAUUUCAAGGAAUGGCAGAUUUUCAGUACCUGGCUAUGCACAGAGAGGCUGACGGAUCCCAGAUCUCUUUGUAUGACAAGAUCAUUUUAUGCAAACCUGAAAAGAAGGAGUUCUUUGACCAAUCUGUGCCGCUCUUUCUCCCACCUCCCAUCUUCUCCCGUCUGGACAACCCCGUGGAUUACUACUACCGGCCGGAUGUUGUACACAGGGAAGGAAAUGCACCGCAUUUGCUCUCCAAAGAGAACCUGAUUGGUCCGAACCGAGCCCGGAGAGCCCACAAUGCCAUUUUUGUGAAUUUUGAAGAUACGACUGUACCCACUGAGCCACUAGAGGCUGCUAAGGUGAACUGGCAGAAAAACGCUAUGCACCACAAUGACCUCAAGGCAGAGGAGGAAAUGAGGAAGCUGUUUGAAAGACGGCCCAUAUGGUCCCGCAACGCCAUCAAAGCCAACAUCAACGUUCACCCAGAGAAACUGAAGCUCUUGCUCCCCUUUCUGGCUUAUUACAUGUUAACCGGGCCCUGGAGAAGUCUGUGGGUGAGGUUUGGUUAUGAUCCCCGUAAGCACACAGAGGCCAAAAUCUACCAGGUUCUGGACUUCAGAAUCCGCUGUGGAGUGAGACAUGGACAUAGCUUCAAUGAUAUCCCAGUAAAGGCUAAAAGAAGUGCCUACCAGUAUGCUCUUCCAACCACAGUCAACAAGGCAGCUCCUCAGGCAGCUAGUGUGAAGGACAUCACCCAGGACAGUUCAUCAAGCUCCCUAUCAUCAAAAUACAUUCUUAUGGAUUCAGUUUACAUAUUCCGUGAGGGAAUGUUACCACCCUACCGACAGAUGUUUUACCAGCUUUGCGAUCUGGAUGUAGAGAAAAUUAAAAGCAUCAUCCAUAAAAAUGACGGCAAGGAGGAAGUGUGUGACGAGCGUGACGGCUGGUGUUUGCCGCGGACUGCGGACGAGCUCAGAAACAUCAUCUCCUCCAUGAUCACGCAGGUGGCACGAGCCAAAAGACCAUCUCUGUCUUCCCCGAAGCUGAGGCCUGUCCGGGCUGGACGUAAAAUCGAAGAGAGUGACGAAGAUGAAGAAGAGGACGAGGACGACGACGAUGAUGAUGAUGAAGAUUACAAGCCUGAUGGGAGUGAAAAUGAAAUGGAGACAGAAAUGCUUGAUUACAUGUAAACUAGAACUGUGGACUUUAAACUGAUUAAGUUGACUUAAGUUACCUGUUUAAUGUGCAAAAUGUAUAUUUUAUAAAAGAAAUAAAUGUCUUUUGAAAAAUA